GGGAGCCGGGGGAGAUGCUGCCUGCUGGAGGCUGAGCGGCCCUCCCCGCCGGGUUCCCGCCGGGCCCGCCCCAAUCUCGAGGCCGAGCGGCAGACUGCGCUCCCCGCUCCCCCUCCGCGCCGCGCUCCCCACACCGCGCGCUUUCCGGCGGCGGGUCCCGGCCCCCGCAGCUCCGCGUCUCCGCUGGCCGGGACGCGCCCCGACGGCGCCCGGAGCCCGGAGCCACCGGCCGACGCCGCCUCCCCGCAGCCUUCUGCCGCGCGUCCGCCCUCGCCCGGAGCCCCAGCGUCUGUGCCGGCCCGGGGGAGAGGGUGGUCCGGGCCCGGGGCAGUCCUGCCGAGGCAGGAUGUUCACGUCCAAGUCCAACUCGGUGUCGCCCUCGCCGUCUCUGGAGCAGACUGACUCGGACGCGCUGGACAUCAGCACCAAAGUGCAGCUCUACGGUGUGCUGUGGAAGCGGCCCUUCGGGAGGCCGUCGGCCAAGUGGUCCCGGCGGUUUUUCAUCAUCAAAGAGAGCUUUCUUCUUUACUACUCUGAAAGCGAGAAAAAGAACUUCGAAACCAAUAAAUACUUCAAUAUACACCCUAAGGGAGUCAUCCCCCUGGGAGGCUGCCUGGUGGAGGCCAAGGAAGAGCCCAGCAUGCCCUAUGCCAUGAAAAUCUCCCACCAGGACUUCCAUGGGAACAUCUUGCUGGCUGCUGAGUCCGAGUUUGAGCAGACCCAGUGGCUGGAGAUGCUACAGGAGUCCGGGAAGGUGACUUGGAAGAAUGCCCAGCUGGGAGAAGCCAUGAUCAAAAGCCUGGAGGCCCAGGGGCUGCAGUUGGCCAAGGAGAAGCAGGAGUAUUUAGACAAACUGAUGGAGGAGACCGAAGAGCUCUGCCUUCAGAGGGAGCAGAGAGAGGAGCUUGAGCGCCUGAACCAGGUGCUGGAGGCCGAGAAGCAGCAGUUCGAGGAGGUGGUGCAGGAGCUGAAAAUGGAGCAGGAGCAGAUCAAAAGGGAGCUAGAACUGACCGCAAGAUGCCUCAAGGGUGUGGAGCAAGAGAAGAAGGAGCUGAGGCACCUUACAGAGUCCUUGCAGCAGACGCUGGAGGAACUCUCCAUAGAGAAGAAGAAAACCCUGGCUAUGCUGGAGGAGAAUGAGAACCAGCUGCAGACACUGGCCAAUCAGAGUGAGCAGCCCCCUCCCAAUGGGGGUCUCCAUAGCAACCUGAGGCAGAUAGAAGAAAAGAUGCAGCAGCUUUUGGAGGAGAAGCUCCUGGCUGAGAAGCGGAUGAAGGAGAACGAAGAGCGCUCUCGGGCCCUGGAGGAGGAGCGCGAGUUCUAUUCGAGCCAGUCCCAGGCGCUGCAGAACUCGCUGCAGGAGCUGACGGCAGAGAAGCAGCAGGCAGAGCGGGAGCUCAAGGCUGAGGUGAAGGUCCGCAUGGACCUGGAGAGGCGUCUGCGGGAGGCAGAGGGGGCCUUGCGGAGUCUGGAACAAGGGCUUAACUCCAAGGUGCGGAACAAGGAGAAGGAGGAGAGGAUGCGGGCUGACGUGAGCCAUCUGAAAAGGUUCUUCGAGGAGUGCAUCCGGAACGCGGAGCUGGAGGCCAAGAUGCCGGUCAUCAUGAAGAACUCCGUCUACAUCCACAAGGCGGCCACUCGCCGCAUCAAGAGCUGCCGCUUCCACCGGCGCCGGUCCAGCACGUCCUGGAAUGACACCGUCCCAGUCUUUCAUGACCUCCCAGCUGGAUGCCAACAACAUGGAGGAACUAAAGGAGGUGGCCAAGAGGCUCAGCCGGGACCAGCGCUUCCGAGAAUCCAUCUAUCACAUCAUGGCAAACCAGCCAGGAGCGCCCUCGGUGGUUCCCCGGGGUGGAAAGUGAUGGGCGCUCCACCCCUGCCUCCCAGGUCUUUUCUCAGUGGAUAGGGGCGGGAGGAGGUGGCAGGGGGAGGUCGGACUCUACCUGGCACCUCUCUGCUCCCCUCUGCGCCCCCACCUGGGGGCCGGCCUCACCUUCAUAGGACAGGGAUGGCACCUCCCUCACCCCCACCCGGAAACCUACUCUUGGGUUUACAUCAGGCCCAAUCAGGCCCAAAUUGGGUGCUGCCUGCUUGUCACCUGGUGCUUAUCUGGUGAGGCGAGGCGGGGCCUGGCCUGGCUGCACGUGGAGACAUUUUGGUUGGGGACUGGGGUGGGCAGGGCCCAUAGCUGUCACUUGUGUCCACUCCAACUCCCUGUGAUGCUGCCUCCCUGUCUUUGUGUAUAAAGGACUCCCCUCCCCACCUUGAUACCUGCUUCCCCCUGAGGUUCCUAACCCUUUCUUUGCUUCUGAGACCCAUAGACAUCCCUCAGCCAAGGCCCCUUACUUUUACCACAUCGUGGGGCAGGGAAGAGAGGGACCUAACACAGUGACGUUUGGGUUUGUGGCAUACUACACUUGCCACGGUGUCUCCUCUCCUGAGGUUGGGCCCUGGCUGACGGGCUACCCACUCACUCCCAUAUCCCUCCUGCAUGUGUGCCUAGGGCCCUGGCUGGGAUCUUGCAGCCAGCAGCCAUUUUGAGGGCUCUCUCGGAGGACAAGGAGUAAGCUCAGGGCGUGGGACAGGGUGGCCCUGGCUCCUGCAUUGUCCGCUCCUGGUUGGGUAGGAAGACAGCUGCCUCGGGCUGUGGUGGCCCUUGGUCCGUGGGAUCACACGUGUCUCCCUCUGAGCCGCCCCCGCUUUAGCCACCUUGCUGCCUCCUCUCCCUGCAGAGGCUUCAUCCAGUGAAGCAAUGUGACCCUGGAAGAUGGGGGCCUGGCCCUGCAAUAAUGCCAGUAGCCAUUGGUUGGCCCUGUGUCAUCUAGGGUGAAGCUGAAACACACUGUAGGUUGUCUGUGGGGUGUGUCCCUCACCCAUAGUCUGCUCUGCUCUUCUCCUCCUAGCCACAUCCUCCAAAGCUGCCUAAAUCCAUUCGUCCCUCCAGAAAAGGAGGUCUGCCUGGGAUCAGGGUGCUCAUAGAUGCUGGUGGUAUUAAAAGCAUUGAUUCUCUGCUGCUUGGCAAACAGAGCGAGGUGCCCAGUCUGGAGCGGUGCACAGAUGGCUGCAGGGCAAACCCCGGCAGAGGUGCUGGCCUCCCCCUCAAAAUACAUGCGUGUCUACUGGCCAUCUAGCCCAGGCCGGCCCGGGGUGCCCUGCUCGGUGCUCAAGGCUGCCUGGUGAAGCUAAGGGAGACCCAACUCAAGUCCUGGGUGGACUGUGAUGGCUUCAGCCAGUCUGUGGAAUCUGGGUGGAGACAGGGACAGAGGCACUUAGAAACAAUGCAUCUGAAAAAGAUGAGUUUAAAAAUUAAAAAAAAAAAAAAACUUUAAACACGUAGGAACCUGCAUAAAGUUGGAACUCAUUUAUCUGACAUGUAUAUAGGGUGGACUUUGAAAUGAGGAAGAUGUAUAAAAUCCAGAUUACCAUUUUAUUUUUUGUUUGUAAUUAGUUUAAUAAUGGUUUGCUCUUGGAGAAAGACCUUUUGGAAAUUUUCAAAUGCAUUUUUGCUCCCAGGCAGGCUAUUAACCAGGAAGGCAAGUGCUGUUCCAUGCACAUUUACCAAUCCCUAGUUUCUUUCCUACCAUCUCACCCUGUACUUUCCAUGCCUCGCUCGGGCAAGUCUGGGUUAUUGUCAACAAACUGAUCAGUCCAUAAGUAUUUAUUUGUACCUAACACUGUAAAUAGAAAAAGAGAAACAUCUCUAUAUGAAAAUAUAUCACAGUGGGAAUUACUUAUUGGAAAUGUAUUGAUCUGAUUUUUUUUUUUUUUUUU